AAGACCACCAGCAGCAGCAGCAGGCGGGAUGACACCAAAGCUGCUGCUGUGGGCGAGGAGGACAUUCAGCUCGCAGCUGCAGUGCUGGGGACUUCUGAUCCAACGUGGGACGAGUCCGCCGAGGACAACAACGGGUACUUGAUGACAAUGGGGAAGACAUCUCUGGCAUUCUGUGCUGGAUCGUGGCCUGGUUUCUUUGUGAACCUCCGCGGAGAAGCACAGAAAAAAGAGAGAGAGAGAGAGAUGAAAAUGUCCAGUAAACCCGAGUGUGGAGACGAUUGUAAAGUGUUCAUCAGUGAGUCAUCAGUCAGGGAUGUGGAGAAAGAAGACAUAGUCAAGUCCUGCAAGGAAGUCCUGAAAGCAGUGGCGCAGGCCGUGGUCAUCGGAACAGCGCUCUAUGUCUUCGCAGCCAUUGCUCUGCCGGGCGUGUGCUCCUGGAUCGCCGCAACGUUUCUGCAAGAUGUCGGCGCCCUCCCGAGACGAGACGCAGCAGGGAACGCGACUUUCGUCGUGCGGGUGACGGAAGCGGUGCCAACUGCGAUUGAUGACGCCGCGUCGGGGCUAUUGACGCAAUUGGAGACGGAUUACGCACUGGGCUUGGCAACGUUGUACCAGGCAGGGUACUUUGACCGGUUGCCCGGGAACUGGAGUCGCGAGGUGGACGAGUUCUUCGGGGGCCGCGGGAAUAAUGAUGGGCCUUUGUCCGGGACAAAGGGGGCAAGAGUCAAGAGACAAAUUGAAGCCAUGAGUCCAUUCAUUGUGGGCAUGUUCGGCAACGACAAGGUCCAGGCGCAGAACGAGCUCAAGUACCCAGACACAGGCUUGUCUUUUAGACCAUUGGCACCAAGGUUACCUUUCCAGAAGGCAGUCUGCUCAGCUCUGACAUGCUGCUACUUGCUGCCUGACCAAGUGGCUUUGCCAUGUUGUGGCCUACUGGGAAUGCAGUUCAGAUUACAUUUGGAUUGCUGUCGAUGCUUUGGCAUGGAGAUUGUUGGUUUGGAGAGCAUGAGAGCUGUGUCUUAAUCAUCUGCUCAUAUACAGUACUUGUACUGUAUCAUAUCUUGUCGCGCACUUUUUAAAAGCUGUUAAAAAAAAGUUUUGUGUCUUGCAAUCUUUAUUUAUUGUAUUUACUCAAGUACUAUUCCCCCUGACUUAUUAUCAAGGGAAUUGGCUGAUAAUGUUUUUUAUAGGAGUGGAAUUAUGACCCAAAAAGUUGCAAUUGCUCAAGAUUUGUUCCCGCAAUUUGUGUUGGUAGAAGUUUGAAUUAUUUUUUCAAGUAGUAAUUUUUAAGAAAAAUAUUUUUUGAUGGAAUAAAAUUACAUAAAUCCACAGGAAACUUGUUGACAAACCGCAAAACCGUUCAUAUUUUUUCUGUCACUCAUAUUCAUGACUUUCAAUGGUUUUAUGCAUUUUUUAUGCCGGAAAAUGUGCACUGUACUUUCAUGCGCCAUUUGCAGUACAGUGGCCCCCUGCCUAACAGACCUCCCGUGUAAGGGAUUUUUGCCUAACAGACCAGCUCUGCAAGCAGUUUUUCCUCCUGCCCAACAGACAAAAUCCACCAAACAGACU